AAAGCCGUUAAUUUUAUGCAAGUGCGUUACGUCAAGGUCAAAGUGGUGACGUUUUCGGAUUGCACUGAGUUUAUUAUCAAUAAUGAGUAGGAUUAGGACAUCUCUUGGAGUUUUAAGUCUUGGAUUUGGACUGUUCACUGCAGAAGCUUUGUAUUCUGGAAAUGAGCACUUCUAUAAGGAUUGGUUUUUACCUACUGCCCGUCUCUUAGUCCGUGAUGGUGAAACUGCCCACAAUUUGUCAGUUUACUUAGCAAGUCAUGGUUUUAUACCACAUAAACCUCGAAAUUCAUUCCCUCAGCUCAAAUGUAAAGUUUUUGGACUCGAAUUCGACCAUCCCAUUGGAUUAGCUGCAGGUUUUGAUAAAAAUGGAGAAGCAUUUAUGGGUCUCUUAAAUGCAGGAUUUUCACAUAUUGAAGUUGGGACUGUCACCCCUGAUCCUCAGCCAGGUAACGCACGUCCUCGUAUAUUCAGAUGGACCAAGAAACAAGCGGUAAUAAACCGAUGUGGGUUUAACAGUGAUGGACAUGAUGCUGUAUAUGAAAGACUCAAAAAUCGUCCAUGGGAAGAUAUUCCUUCAUAUUUUUGUCAUUGUAUUUAUCAUUCACAGAAAGUUUUCAUUAAAUUGAUUUUCUACUCCUACUCUUUUAGAUUUGUUCGUAAAUUCAAGUUAAAUGAUUGUUUAAAGUUUGCAGUAUACAUGUUAAUCAUGUAUAUAUGCUGACUUAUUUUGUAAACUGUUUUAACGGUCUGCUUGAUUUAUAAAGUUCUGUCUAUCCAUGUGGUCCCAGUGCUUCGCACACAAUAUAUGAACAUUCACGUGAAUGUUUGACUUAAUCAAGUAGAUGUGUAUAUGUGGUAACUAGUAAAGAAGCUAAUUAUGUUUAUAUAUAUAACAUUUUCUCAAUUUAACCUGUUUUAGGCCGUGGUGUAAUUGGUGUCAAUUUAGGCUGCAAUAAAACAAGUACAGAUCCAACUGCUGAUUAUGUGGCAGGUGUUCGGAAGUUUGGCGAAGUAGCUGACUAUUUAGUAAUCAAUGUAUCUAGUCCAAAUACUCCAGGACUACGCUCCCUACAGAAUAGAGAAAAAUUGCGCGAUCUCUUAUCUAAAGUUUUAACAGCUCGAAAUCAAUUAUUGAAAAAAACUCCUAUUUUAUUAAAAAUUUCUCCAGAUGAAAAUGAUCAAAGUUUAAAAGAUAUAGUAGAUGUUGCUUUGGAUUCGAAAACUCGAAUAGAUGGAAUGAUCAUUUCAAACACAACACUUGCAACUUAUGAAGAGGCUGUAGCUUGCGGUGCUGCUCCAAUACCAGGGAACAAUGAACAAAAUGUUGUGUACGGUGGCUUAAGCGGUCGACCAUUAUUUGAAAAAUCAACAGAUUGUUUAAGGAAAGUUUCUGCAUUAACCAAAGGUGCUAUACCCCUGAUCGGUGUUGGUGGUAUCAGCUGCGGUGAAGAUGCAUUGUCCAAGUUGAAUGCCGGUGCUAGCUUAGUACAGUUAUAUACAAGUUUUGUUUAUCAGGGACCGCCGGUUGCUCAUAAAGUCGCUAGAGAAAUUAAUAAAUUAAAAAUGACAUCUUUAACUCCCGACUAAAAACUUGCUUUUUCUUUCUAAUAAAAGAAUAUUUGUGUUACAUUUAAAUAUAACUUAUUUAUACAUUGUCUUAAA